GACGGCCCGCUAUCGGCAGGAGAACAUUUUGCCAAGCGGAGAGCACCGAGCUACCUCUCAUCUCACCACCACCACCACCACCACCUGAGGACGGGCGGCGAGCGAGAGGGCGGCGGCCGGCGAUAGGCGGCGAAGCGGGGCCAGGGCGAAGAGAUGGCGUUCACGAUGCGCGCGGUGAAGGUUCCGCCGAACUCGGCGUCGAUGGGGGAGGCGCGGCACCGCGUGUUCGACUUCUUCAGGCAGGCCUGCCGCGCCAUCCCCUCCAUCAUGGAGAUCUACAACCUCGACGACGUCGUGACCCCCGCCCAGCUCCGCGCCAGCAUCUCCCAGCAGAUCAGGAAGAACCAGGGCGUCUCCGACCCCAAGGUCAUUGAUAUGCUUCUCUUCAACGGGAUGGAGGAGCUGAACAACAUUACCGAGCACGCAAAGCAGCGCCACCACAUCAUUGGGCAAUAUGUGGUGGGCCACAAGGGGCUGGUGCAGGACCUGGAAAAGGACCAAGGGAGCUCCGAGUUCCUGAAGAAAUUCUACACCAGCAAUUACUAGAAUACGAGUCGGCCACAAAAAUUUCCAGCCUUCCUGUAGAAGUGCCCUUGACAUGUACUCUGAAUAAGAUGCUGAGAAACACAUCCGGCCCAAUUUAUUUUGGUACUCGUGGUUUUGCUUUGUUCGAACUUGAUUCGAUUACUCGGUCAUCUCUACUCAAUGAGAUGGUGUCUGCCAGGGAAACGGUCGUAACUCCAUAGACUCUGCUUCCCAAGCUGACGUUGAAGGAUGGAUGUCUUCCAGAGGCAA